AUAAUAUAUAUUAUGAUGUUCUUUGGUACGUACUGCAAGCUACACUGCAUUGGUUUUCUGGUGCCUUAGUAAGUAACUCCCUCUUACACUUCUUCCAUCACCAACCACAAACAGUAUCCAAGAACAUAUCACUUAGCCCGCUGUUAUGGCAGACACUGUAGUUUCCUUCGUUUUGGAUCACUUAGCGCAGCUUGUGGCACGCGAAGCUAACUUGCUGUAUGGCGUGGAGGACAGGGUCCAGUCCCUCCAGUACGAACUUCAAAUGAUCAAACAACUCCUCAAUACCACAAAGAGAAAGAAGGGAAUGGAACAUACAGUGUUGAACCAAAUCAGAGAUAUGGCCCACUUAGCUGAGGAUGUCAUCGACACAUUCGUAGCCAAAGUUUCCAUUUACAAGAGGAGAACCAUUCUGGGGAAGAUGCUCCGUGGCUUUCACCAAGCAAGGUUGCUCCGCGACGUGGCCGAAAAAGUAGACAAUAUCAAAAUCACUCUCAACGAAAUACGCGAUAACAAGAGCAAAUAUGAGGCUUUCAAAGAAACCAAUAAUCAAUCUGCAGCAGAAGAAGAGGAAGAGGAGGAGAAGGAAAGAGCAAAAGCUCUGCAGAAGCUAAGAAGAAAUGUGGAGGAAGAUGACGUGGUUGGCUUUGUUCAUGACUCCAACGAUGUCAUCAAGCGACUACUGGAAGGUGGUUCAAACCGUAAAGCUGUCUCUAUCAUUGGCAUGGGGGGAUUGGGGAAAACCACCCUUGCCCGAAAAGUCUAUAAUAGCAGCCAGGUGACGCAACACUUCAUGUGUCGCGCGUGGGUUUAUAUGUCAAAUGAGUGUAGAGUUAGGGAGCUUUUGCUUGGCCUUCUUAAGCAUUUGAUGCCAGAUUUUGAACAGCAAUGCAGAGGCAACAAGAAAGGUAAGAAAAGCGCUGGAAACAUUAGCAACCUGAGUGAGGAGGAGCUGAAGAUACUGGUGCGGAACUGUUUGGAGAGUGAAAGAUAUCUUGUGGUGGUAGAUGAUCUGUGGAAAAAGCAAGAUUGGGACGAGGUGCAAGAUGCUUUUCCGGACAACAACAGAGGCAGCAGAAUCUUGAUCACCAGUCGUUUGAAAGAGGUGGCCUUGCAUGCUGCCCAUGAUGUUCCUCACUAUCUUCAAUUCCUCAAUGAAGAAGAAAGUUGGAAGUUGUUUAGUAGGAGAGUGUUUAGGGGUGAAGACUACCCUUCUGAUUUGGAGUCUCUCGGAAAGCAGAUGGUUCAAAGUUGUCGUGGCUUGCCUCUCUCCAUCACUGUCUUAGCAGGGAUGCUGGCCAACAAGGAAAAGUCAUAUAGAGAAUGGUCUAAAGUGGUGGGUCAUGUUAACUCGUAUCUCACUCAAGAUGAGACCCAAGUGAAAGAUAUAGUUCUCAAACUCAGCUAUGAUAACCUGCCAAGGAGAUUAAAACCAUGUUUUCUCUAUCUUGGGAUAUUUCCUGAAGACUUUGAAAUCCCUGUUGUGCCAUUAUUGCAAAAAUGGGUUGCGGAAGGUUUUAUACAAGAUAAAGGAAAUAGAGACCCUGAUGACAUUGCAGAAGAUUACUUGUAUGAGCUUAUUGAUCGUAGUUUGGUACAAGUAGCAAUUGUGGAUACUAAUGGAAGUGUGAAGACGUGUCAGGUUCAUGAUCUUCUUCGGGAUCUUUGCAUAUCAGAGAGCAAAGAGGACAAAGUUUUUGAAGUUUGCACAGACAAUAACAUUCUAAUCCCUACAAAACCACGCAGGCUGUCCAUUCACAGUAGCAUGGGUCACUACAUUUCUUCAAACGGUAAUGACCACUCUUGUAUCCGUUCCCUGUUCUUCUUUGGCCCAGAUUACCAUGUUCACAUGAAGGAGUGGAAAUGGCUUUCAGAAGGCUUCAAAUUGGUUCGGGUUUUAGAGAUUGGACCAACCAGGUGGGGAAAAAUCCCUUCAAAUUUAGGGAACUUUAUCCAUUUAAGGUACUUAAGAAUGAACUCAUUCAAUGUUAAAUUUGUUCCAACUUCAAUACUUACCCUUUGGAAUCUACAAACCAUAGACAUAGGUCCUUGGAGGCGUAGUGUUCCAAUUUCUUUCCCUGUCCAAAUGUGGAAACUCAAACAUUUAAGACAUUUGAAUACACCACAACCUAUCGAGCUGCGAGGCAGUUAUUCAGGAUCAGACGAGAAGAUGUGGAAUCUUCAAACCAUCUCUGCCAUUCUACUCAAUAGCCAAGCAACAUCUCUGAUAAAGAAGGGAACAUUCCCCAAUCUUAAAAGUCUAGGAUUGAAAGUGGCUUAUGGAUACAAAGGUGAAUUACCCAAAUUGUUGCAGAGCCUACAACAAUUAAGUUAUUUGAAUAAGUUGGUGAUUGUUCUCCGAGAUAGGCAUGAUACAGAAGUAUUUGUCGAUGAAAGUGUGGAAAGGAAUAAUGGUUGCAAGCCGCAAGAGUUGUUACGAUGCCUAGGGCAAUUCAAUUGUCUAACUAUCUUAAGCAUCGAGAAUUGUUUGGACCUUCUAACAUGUGCGGUCACACUCCCUCCGAACGUUACAGAGUUAACAUUGUCAGGGAUUGACUACAUUAGUGAUCAAGGGAUGAAUGGUUUGGGAAAUCACACUAAACUCAAAAUUUUGACACUUUGGGGAAUUUGGUCGUGUGAUACCUUUAACCUUAAUUGUGUCGGAGGUAGCUUCCCACAACUCGAAGUGUUUCAAAUGGGUCAUUUAGAAGUUGGAAAUUGGAGAUUAGGUAAUGGUGCAAUGCCGAAGCUCCAGAAAGUGGUCAUCUUCAAUUGUGAUAGGUUAAAUGAUCUCCCAAAUGAACUGUGGUCUUUGAGUGGCUUGAGAAAAGUGCAGGUAAGGAAACCUUCAGAACAAAUGGCUUGCAUGUUGCGGAAUUUGGAAGUAAACAAUGGGGUUCAACUCUUUAUAAAUGGCAUCAAUAUCAACAAUUUUUAGUUUUUGGAAAUAGAUUUUAGAAGUAGAAGAUAUGCAUCAGUGAAAAGAAUUUGUAAUUUUUAUUUUAUUUUAUUCAAUACAUAUUUAUAAGAAUGUUUUUAUUUUUAUUUCUUAAA